AUGGCUCACCGAGUCGCAUGCUGCAGCGGAGUAGCAACAACAGCUCCUGUUGGUGCCAUUCUCCCACGCGCCACGUCAGCACGCACUCUGGAUCUCCGCCGCUCUCUGCUUUCCGCAACCUUCCCCAGCGCCAUCGCUCCGCACAUAGCCGCCUCCUUCCCCGGUCGGCGCGCUUCAGCCACCCCCCGCGCGUCUCAGUCUUCUGCCGACGCCGCCACACGCACCACCGGCGCGCAUGCGCCUUCGUCCGCCACGAAUUCCCCAGAGUCCGCGGAAGCAUCCGCGCGGGAGGCUGCCGCGCUAGAGGCCGCGGCGGCGCGCGUAAUAACCCUCUCGAGCCGCGAAGAAUAUGAUCGGCUGAUGGCGGAGGCUAAGAACAAAGGGCGACUCGCUGUAGUCGAGGUUACUAUGUCUACCCUCCCCAAUACCGACCGGAUUUACAAUACCCUCGUGGAAACUGCGCGGUUGUUUCCGAACGCGGUGUUCCUGCGCAUUUUCGCGGACAAGGGCGCGGAGCUGCGCGGGUUGGCGCAGAGCAUGCAGUGCGCGCGCGUGCCGUCGUACGUGCUGUUCCGCGAGGGGCAGCGCGUGCACGAGGACGCGGGGAUGGACGCGGAGCGGCUGCGCGCCGAGCUGCUGUACUACUCCGCGGAAGGGCCCGUGCUGGAGGUGCACUCCGCGGAAGAGUUCCGCGCCCUCAUUGAGACGCACAAGGACACGGACAUGCUAGUGGUGAUCGAAGCAACGCUCACCUUCUGCGGUCCCUGUGUGCGCAUCCACCAAACCGUGCUCAACCUCUCCCACCGCAUGGCGGGUCACGCCGUCUUCGCCCGCUUCUUUGGGGACUCAGCGGACUGCACCAAGGAUCUGAUCCGCGACCUGGGGGUGGUGGAGGCACCCACGUUUCUGUUCUACCGGCGGGGGGAGCUGCUGGGGCGCUAUGUGGGGUCGGGCAGAGGGGAUUUGGUGGGGGAGAUUCUCAAGCACCAAGGGGUGCCCGUGAGCUCGUGA